UGCAGUGGUUGCAGAGCCGAGUUGUUCUGAGUUCAAGUCGAUCGAUUGUGCAACUCCAGUCGUGUGUUCGUCGCGGCUCCGGGUUCGAUUCCUGGGGACCUCACUGGUUUUCCGUCAGAGUCGUACUCGGAAAUUACUAGUUGAGUGUGUUUGCUUUGUUAACUUGCUCUUUGCACUCCACAGGUUGACUUUAACACGUGGAUGCUAAUAGAUUCAAGACGGUGGAGGAUGUUUGACGUAUUUCCAACUCGUCUCAAAUAGUUGCAGCCACAAAAAACCUCUGAUCAAGAAUGCCAAGAUCUGUGGAUCACGGAGAAUCAAUCCGUUUGGAUAAUUUGGACAAGUACGGACACAGCGGUUCUCCAAACGGUGUUAUGACAGCUCAAGAUUCAUUAUGGCCGGUGCCAAUAUUUUGCGGUGAUAGUCAGACGGGUAUUCACAAACGCAGCGUGUACGAGCACAAUGGAGUGGCCGUCUGCUCGCAGAAACGAGCUCUCUUCAUUGCAACCAUUGUACUGUCCAUUCUCUUCCUAGUGUCACUCAUCAUUGCCUAUGCUGGACCUCAGUCAGACUGUCCGUGUGCCGGUGAGAAGCCGACCAAUCUGGAUGCAGACGGCGGAUACAGCGGGACGAGAAACGUGAUUCCCAUCGCCACCAACAAUGAGAUCUUUCCUUGGAACAGCCUUCGAUUGCCCGUUUUCGCCAAACCUUCCAGAUACCACAUCAACAUCCAUCCCAAUCUAACAACUCUCGAUGUCAAAGGUCAAGUGACAAUUGAUUUCCAAGUGGACAAAGAGAGCACAUUCAUUGUGCUCCAUAGCAGAAAUCUCACUAUAACCGAUAAGAUGCUGACAGACCGAAAAACAAGGUUACCAAUAACGCGGCUGUUGGAAUAUCCACCAGCUCAGCAGAUCUAUAUCGAAGUGAAGGAGAAAUUCAGAAAAAAAGUCAACUACACUCUUGUCUUGAGAUUCACAUCGCGUCUCAGUCAUGAAUUGGAAGGCUUUUACCUUAGUAGCUACACAACUGCUGAGGGAGAAAAAAGGUAUCUGGCGACAACUCAUUUCGAGCCAACAUAUGCUAGAACUGCUUUUCCAUGCUUUGAUGAACCGCAAUUCAAGGCACGUUUCAAAAUGUCGAUAUUUCGAGACAGAUUCCACAUCUCUCUCUUCAAUAUGCCAAUCAUCAACACUGAAGAUGCAGGGUUCUACAUGGGAACUGGUCUGUUGAGGGAUGACUUCCAAGAGUCGGUGGAGAUGAGCACCUAUUUGGUGGCAUUCGUGGUGUGUGACUACAAGCACAUCAGCUCACUGACAGCCAAAGGUAUCUCCGUCUCUGUCUACGCUCCCCCAGAUCUCAUCCCUCAGGCGAAGUUCGCCCUGGAUACGGCGACCAGCAUGAUGGAUCACUACGAAGAGUUCUUUGGUGUCGACUAUCCUCUGCCCAAACAAGAUUUGAUAGCGAUUCCUGACUUCGGCGUCGGUGCGAUGGAGAACUGGGGCCUCAUCACUUACAGAGAGACGUCGAUCCUGUAUGACGCCAACGAGACGUCAGCUGCUGCGCAUCAGUGGGUGGCAGUUGUCGUCGCCCAUGAACUAGCACACCAGUGGUUCGGGAACCUGGUGACGAUGCGCUGGUGGAACGACCUGUGGCUGAACGAGGGCUUUGCCAGCUUCCUCGAGUACUUCGGCGUCGAUCACGUGAUGCCCGGCUGGAACAUGAUGGAGCAGUUCGUUCUGGACAAGACGCAGCCCGGUCUCAACCUGGACGCCCUCACCAACAGUCACCCGAUCUCGGUCGGCGUUCACGAUCCCACCGAGAUUGAAGCCAUCUUUGACACCAUCUCCUACAGUAAGUCUGAACUAAUGAAAACUUUUCGUUUUUUUCAGUCCAUCAUGGAUACGUGGACAAGGCAGAUGGGAUUUCCAUUGGUUUCAAUCAGUAAAGAUGGAAAUUCGGUAUCAGCUACACAGACUCGCUUCCUAUUGACACCCAACCCUCAGAAACAAAACCUGAGUCACCCACCUUCGCCAUUCAACUACAAGUGGUAUUUGCCUCUCAGCUUUUACACCGACCUCAAUCCCGAGGAAGAGGAGAUUGUUUGGAUGAAUAUGACGGACGUGAAAUUUGAGGUAGCCAAUGAUGUGACGUGGCUGAAAGCGAAUGUGAACCAGUCCGGGUUCUACCGAGUGACGUACGACGAUGAGAUGUGGACUGCCAUCAUAGAUGCCAUGCGUAGGAAUCACACCAUGUUCAGCCCUGCCGACCGGGCCAGUCUGCUAGACGAUGCCUUCACUCUAUGCAGAGCGGGACUUCUCAAUGUGACAACUGCUCUCGAACUGUCGCUGUAUCUUCUGAAGGAGCGAGAAUAUGUGCCUUGGGCGACAGCCCUCGAACACUUCCAAGCUUGGAGUAAGUACUUGGCGGAGGCAGCUCCAUAUCGCCUCUUCCUGCAGUAUAUGAAGCACUUGCUGGGUCCAGUUUCGCACUCACUUGGCUGGGAGGAUACCGGUACUCAUCUUCACAAGCUGAUGCGAUCCGAUAUCCUAGCUUCAGCAGUGCUGUGUGACGUUGAAGAAGCUGUGAAGGAUGCCAAGCAGCAUUUCAAAGAGUGGAUGACAAAGAAUGCUCGAGUUCCUCCUAAUCUUAGAGAGGUCGUCUAUUCAGCAGGGAUCAAAUAUGGAGGUGUGAAGGAGUGGCAAUUUUGCUGGGCCAAAUACAACACGACAAGAAUACCCAGUGAACGCAAAUUGCUGCUCAGGGUGUUGAGUGUAGCUUCCGAUCCAUGGAUUCUACAAAGAUACCUUCUGGCGACUCUGGACCGCGACUUGGUUCGACCGCAGGACGUGAAGACAGUGAUCGCGAACGUGGCCUCGAAUCCGGAGGGUCGCCUGCUGGCCUGGCGACAUCUGCGCGCGCAUUGGAGCACAUUGCAAGGCCUCUUCGGCAACGGCACCUUCACAAUGGGCAGCCUCAUAUCAGCAGUCACUUCCCAUUUCGCUGCCGACUAUGAUUACAAAGAGGUGUCACAAUUUUUCCGGCACAUGAACGUCGGAUCAGGCGUCCGGGCGCUGGAACAGAGCCUGGAGACGAUCCAGCUGAACAUCCACUGGGUGCGUCGCAAUGAGGAGCCCCUUUUCCAGUGGCUGACCAAGUACCUCUCCAGGCGAAUCAACUUUGGCUAUUCUCGCCUUCGAUACGGCUGUCUCUGUUAACAUGCAACUGAGCAUAACUGCCAUCUCAAGUCUUCCAACUAUUUAAACUUCCUGACUGACACAAUUGAAAUACAACAAUAUUUACCAAUGUUUGGGAUGAGUUUUUCAUUAGAAUUCAUAAAUUCACCUGGGUUGAGAAUUGAUAAUAUCCCACUGAUUAAUUUCUCUCUUGCUCCUUUCAAAGUUUCCUUUUCCCCGAGUCCAGUGACGAGAAAAACCUUGAAAUUUAUUGCAGUCGCAUUGUGGGGACUGAGCUUUUCCUCUUGACUAUCCAUCUAUCUGUAAAAUUUCUGUAGAAAGUUGAAAAUUCACUAAAAUAUUUUUUUUAUGUGAUGGAGUAACUGUGUGUAGUCAAGCAGUAAAUUUUGAAGCUUCCAUUAAGUUAUCACUUACUCAAUGCACUCUACUCAACUUCAAGAAAUAAAAUAGACUGUUGAAUCCAACACCUUCCAGUCUUUCACAAUGCUUCCUUUCAAAAUCAAUAAAGUAGAAAGUAUUGAGUUGAAGAACAGUAUUUAUUGUAAGAAAAAUUAUCCAUGGAUAUCGCUAAAAAUGUUGCUAGACAUUGUAAAGUGAGGUGGUCUAACUUGGAGCUUCAAACAAAUCAGAACUCAAAUUAUGCAUGUUCAUAUUAGUAUAUGAAUCAAACACCUUGAAUGAAUUUGAAGGAUCUCAAAAAAAUCAACUCCUUAACUAUAAUAAAUUGAUCAUUCACUAGUAGCUACCAUUGUUGUUUAAUUGUAGGCUAAACGUAUAGGCUACUUUUCCAUGUUGAAGGAAUUUACAUUUCAUUAUUUCUGUUUGGAAAUCGCUCAUCUUCCUGUGACAACACCCUUCUCCCCCACCUCCACAAUAUACAUAAAGACCGAUUCGUCGUUUAAAAUAUUUUCAUUUCUAUUCUAUUCAAUUUAUUUUCCUUUUCUAAUAAGAAACAGUAUGAGAAUAGUUGACAAAGAAAAUCUGGUCUCCAUAUUUUUGAGCAGAAAUUUGCGUGCAUGUUGUAAUUACUGAUAAAUUAGAACCACUUUGAGGAAUAAUAACGUUCAAUGUAUCUUCGAUAGUUCGUUAGUUUUAAAAUUUUAAUCAAUACUGAGAUGAGAAAUUUAGUGUUGUUCACUCUGGAAUAAAAUUUUAUAUUUUUGUACCAUAGAAUACUAUAGAAUAGUACAGUAUAUUAUGGUAUUGUAGAUUUUUCGUGUAACAUAAUAGUGAAUUAUAUUAUAUAUAGUGUAAAUUGACAGACAGAAAUCUUAUAAUUAUAGACUGUCCAUAGUAUAAUCAUAUCAAUAUAAUGUUUCUAUUUGUAAUAAUAACUGUGAAGAAUACAUUUUGCAAGUGUGGAAUGUUUUAUCGUUCUUUUGUUUUGUACAUACAUUAGCCUACAUCAUGUUGAGUCUAAACGUAAGGAGAGAGGAAAAACGUUUAUUUGAUCAUUCAUAGGAAAUUAAUAUUAAAGAUGAUCUCCGUCUCUGCCUUCCACUCAAUUCAAUCACCUCAAUUGAUUGUAAUGGAGCUUGAUUUACUAUCGGUUUCUAAGGAUUUAAGAAAUACGAAAAUUUGAAAAUUCCUUAUUAGCUUGUAACUUAGCAUAUUAUUUGUAUUAAGUUGGUUCUCUAUAUUUUUAAGCAGAACUUCACGGUUGCUUUUUAUGAACCCUUAUCCCUCACUACAAAUCACAAAAACGCCAAAUGUUAUUCCCCGUUGCAAAUUUUCAAAUUGAAUUAGGCUAUUAUUUUUAGCAACUAUUGAAGUUUCUCAUAAAAUUUUAUUGGAGUUUUCACCGAUGACGGGUAUUCAAAUCUAGUCUUCACAAAAUAGGCUAGCUCUAUUUUAUAUCAAAAAGUUGUACAUAUAUUCAAUAUUAUUGAUACUCAUAGUAUAAGGCCUGUGUGUAUUGAAACAUUUUAAUAUAAUGCUAUUUAUGAAUCUCAGAGUUACUAUAAUAUAGAAAGUGGAUAUUUUUCUAAUAUAAUUUUUUCAUUAUCCUGAGUUGCAUAAUAAAUUCUAAUCUGAAA